AUGUCUCCGCCACGACUAACGAGCCAGAUUAAUUAUAUUCGUGGUGUUCGACUGGCAGGAGAGCCGUCCACCUGGGAUAUCCAGAUUGGAUACCCUAGAGACUCUCUUCGAGGCACAGUCACCUCUGUGACCCCGCAUGAAUCCUCUACUAAGGAUGAUUUCGAGUCUCUAGCCCUCCCAGCGUUGGUACACCCUCACAUUCACCUCGAUAAAGCUUUUAUCCACAGCGCACCUGAAUAUGCCCCAUUUCUACCUACAGCCGGCACAUUUCAGGAGGCUUUGUCCUCCACGACCAAGGCCAAACAACAAUUCAGCCAUUCUGAUAUCAUUAGAAGAGGAGAGUGGCUUCUUGCUGAGUCCGUUGCGUCGGGUGUUACUGCAAUGAGAGCAUUUGUGGAGGUAGACCAUACAGUGCAGCUGAUUUGUCUAGAAGCCGCUGUUGCUUUGAAAAACCAAUGGAAAGAUUCUUGCGAUAUCCAAAUCGUCUGUUUUGCACAAGAUCCUAUAUUCUCUAGUGAAUACGGAGAGCAAAAUAUGGAAUUUCUGGAAACCGCUCUUCAUAAAUAUUCGCAAAUCGAUGUUAUUGGGACAACACCAUAUGUCGAAUCUAGCCCUGAGGCUGCGAAGCAAAACAUCGAAUGGGCAAUUGAUCGUGCCUUGAAGCUGAACAAACACGUCGACUUUCAUCUCGAUUACAACCUCGAUUCAAAGAAAGAGGCUCUGGUCUGGCAUGUCUUACAGACCCUCAAACAACGAAGCUGGACUAUCCACUCAACAGACAAGCGUGUCAUGCUUGGUCAUUGUACACGACUGACACUACUCACGGAGACCGAAUGGGUCCGACUGGCAACUGAAAUCCACGAGAAUGAACUUUCAGUCAGCUUCGUGGGUCUGCCAACAAGCGAUAUGUACAUGGCGUCACCUCCCAGAACGAGCGGAGACUGCAAGCCUCCGCAAGAUCGUCCGAGAGGCACUCUACAGGUCCUAGAGAUGAUCCGGAAAUAUGAUCUGGAUGCAGUGAUUGGGGUGAACAAUGUUGGUAAUUCAUUUACGCCAUGGGGUUUGCCCGAUCCGUUAUCGUUGGCUUGCCUGGGCGUGGGAAUCUACCAGGCUGGAAGUCAGGCGGAUGCUGAGCUACUCUAUGAAUGUGUCUCGACACGAGCCAGGGCGGCUAUCGGGCUCGCGUCCUAUUCGGGUUUAUGUGUGAAACAGGGGUGUCGGCCAGACUUGUUGUUGGUUCAUCAUAGAGAUGAUACUGGGUGUGGUGUGUCUCGGCCGCGAACAAAUGUUGCGGAGGUUGUGUGGACUCCACCGGAGAAAUUGAAUAGGGAUGUGGUUUCUGGUGGACGACUUAAGGUUUCUCCCUUUUCUGUAGCGGAUUCAGACGCUCUGUAUGAAUUUUGA